UAUACAAAAAUUAAAGAGUGGAUACCAAUUGAUGAGCAUUUCACACAACUUACCUCUCUUUCUUCUCUUCUAUUCUCUCUCAUGUCUAACCAUACAAGGGAUUCAUGUACAGUAGAAACCAGUGAUGGAGUAAAACUCCAAGCAAAGGUUUUUAACCCCAAAGAAGAGAUCAACAAAGACCACCAAGAUAAUGAUAGCCUUGUUGUUGUUCUUGUUCACCCCUUUUCUAUAUUGGGUGGUUGCCAAGUUCUUUUGAGAGGAAUAGCUUCUGGUUUAGCUGAUAAAGGUUAUAAAGCUGUCACCUUUGAUUCUAGAGGUGCCGGAAAAUCCACCGGAAGAGCUUCUCUCACCGGAUUCUCUGAAAUCAAAGAUGUUGUUGCUGUUUGUAACUGGGUUCGUGACCAUCUAUCUGGGCAAAGGAUUUUGUUGGUGGGCUCUUCUGCAGGUGCACCAAUUGCAGGGUCUGCAGUUGAUCAAAUUGAACAUGUUGUAGGGUAUGUAAGUUUGGGAUACCCUUUUGGAAUGAUGGCCUCAGUCUUAUUUGGAAGACACCACAAAGCUAUUCUAUCAUCACCAAAGCCAAAACUCUUUGUAAUGGGGACUAAAGAUGGAUUCACAAGUGUAAAGCAACUGAAUAACAAGUUGUCUUCUGCUGUAGGACGAGUCGAAACUCAACUACUAGAAGGUGUAAGCCACUUCGAAAUGGAAGGCCCCGCUUAUGAUGCUCAGAUGGUGAAUCUCAUCCUUAAGUUUAUUUCAUCAUUGUAGGAUUUUAUUUAAGAGUAAAUGGUCAGGCAUGUGGUUUGCUCCUCCAAGUCCUUCCCGGUCCUCAUAUAUUGUAGGGUUAGGCGAGAAUCCUAGUUUCGAAAAAAAGAAAAAGUAAUUGGUGAGAAUAGAGUAGUUCAGCUUAUGUCACUUCCGAAAAGCCCUCUUAGACAAGAUGUCGAGUGUGUUUAGAAAAGAUCUUUCUGCACAGAAUUAUCGAAAAAUAGGCUAUUAGUUUGUGUGCUUUGACAAAAUCGAGUAGGAGUAGCUUCAACUUCAUGAUCAAAUUGUUAUCUUUAAACUCUUCUUCUGUGUUUUGUAUGUACUAACAAUUUAUGGUUCUGUAAUAUGCAGGAAAUUGGGAAGUUUUGGUA